AUGCCCGAUUUUAGGAUGAGCGAUUCGUCGUACUUUGACGCUCCAGACGUGAGUCUGGAGCACGCGACUUUUCCCCGUCUCACUGGUGUUGAGUGGGAUGCCAUAAAUCGCCUCGCGGCGAUAUCUGGAGAGGCAAUCGUUGUGUCGCUGAUGAAACCAGCGACUCCUGAUGGACAGCGUCUCCCCAUACUUGACUACGAGGCUCGCGAGAUCGCCGAAUCCAAUCGGCGAGGUUUAACUUUCUCGCGGACUUCACGGAACAUGCCGUGA